ACUGCUAUCCUUUACUCCUAUCUCUUUAUUUCUCUAUUUCCUCUUAGUAAAAGACCUCAUCAACCGUGUUGUGCUGAUCUCUUUAUCCUCUUCCACCCUCACGCGCAUCCUAAUCGCUCUCUCGCUUAAGAACACACAAAUUAUGACUCUGGGUUAAGAGACUACAUUUUCACAACUUUGUUUGAGGUCAUCUAUGCUCCUGAGCAGGAUGGCCGCCGAACUGAAAGACCCUCUCGACUGGACUGUCGAAGAGGUCGUCAAGUUUCUUUGUGACCCAAAUCACACGCCCUGGUCUCAGUCCUUAUCUGCCACCCCACGUCCUAACCCUCUCACUUUUGCGGUCACCCUGCGGGAGAACCAGAUAACAGGCGAGGUCCUUCUCCAUGAUGUGACUAAUGGAACCCUUCGUGAUGACCUGGGGCUGAAGUUGCUUGGCCAUCGGAGCGGUGUCCUGAUGGCUGUCCGGUAUCUUCAGCGACGCUCCAAAAAAUACAUGGAUAGCCUGAUUGCAAAGUCCCGCCUGGAGGAUGACCCCUCGGCUUACCCUACAGCUCAUUUGCCUGGCAAUCCCAUCCCCUCAACCCACCCUGGCACAGGAACCAUUCACUUUGGAGCAAUGCAGUAUUCCCUGCCACAGAACCCUGUUUCUCUCUCUAAUCCAGAGACGCGGCCCUAUUCUGUAAGCAAUGUUUGUACGGAUGCUGUUUCUAGGCCCCUUCCUCGACAGAAAAGUGUUUCAUUUGAAGAUCCAAAGACACAAGAGGACGAACCCAACUCGAGUAGCGAGGCUGUUACCCCCACCAUCCAUUUCCAGGGCCCUUCCCCCAAGUCUCAAGUCGAAGGUCCUGUAGAAAUUCUUGCCCAGCGCCCCAAGUUUCGUACCCAGGAACAACAAGUGCUGGACGAAUCGGGAAAAAAGCGUCGAAGACUAGACCUUAGCUCCCUAGAGUCUCUGAAGCCACCUAGCGAUAUGCUUGUCCUUGGUGCUGCUGACAAUAAAAACUGGUAUCUGGGACCGAAUAAGCUGAGUGCCUCCCAGCUGUUCUACCCAGUCAACCCCAAUAAGGAAGAGGAGCACUCAUUUGCCAUGGUCGGCGCUAGAGUUCCGGAUGGUCAACGCAAGUUCGUGAACACAUCUCUGAAAUACUUCUACAACCAUGCACCUGUCCUUCUCAAUGACGAUCAGGUGGCUGUAGUCCCCUACAAACGUUCCAAUGUGGCCCCAAAUGAGACGAGAUACUUUACCCUGUUUAGCGAUAAGCAAGGGAAAGUUGCGGUCAGCCAGGAAGACACCCAGAGAUGGCCACAGCUACGGGACCAGCCUUUACAUGGCAAAGAAUUUGAAGUUGUCGACCUGGAGCCUUCGGAUCCACUUUGGGCCAUUCUUGAACGUUAUCCGCAUACCGAAAGUGAGGCCAAGUCCUAUCCGCCUUAUGGCGACUCAGGGUCCGAAGUAGACUAUGACGAUGAAACAUGGCAAGAAUACCAAACCGAGCAACGGCAGACGCCGCAGUCCCAAAAGCUUCUGACAUCCGACCAAAUCACGUCCACCAUUGCGGAGUAUAUCAAGCAAAUGGAAGAAAAGUGGCGCCUUCGCCAACUGCCAAAGGAAGAAUCCACAGCUUGGAGGCUCUGGACACAGUCAAGAGCUAACAAUACAAAGGGUGUUCAUAUCAAGGACAUCAACAACGACAUUGCCUUUUUGCGAAAGCGUCUGAUGAAGUAUGACAAGGCCCUUCAUGGAAACCAAUACACGAAUAUCGCCGAGCUACGAUUUUCAUGCCAAAGUAUGGAUCAAACGAUCUUUGACAUCCAGUCGCAGAAAUGGCGUCUUUCUCUUUUAGAAAACUCCAUCUGUCCCCCCAAACCUGUUGUUCCCCCUAAAGCGAAAUCUGUGAAGCGACCCAGGCGGGUGCAACCGGACGAAGAGUCGCUAGAUUCAGAUUCUGACAAUGGCCGGGGUGAAUUCGAUGAUUUUAUCGACGAUACUGCUCUCGAGGAAUCUUCUUGGCCCGACUCUAUGGAAACCGCCCAUCAUGCCGGGGGCCAGGACGUCGAGAUGACCCAGGACCAAGAUAUUAUCAUGUCAACAACCAGCGAGGGCGGUCCCAAUACUGCUCCUUCUUCUGCUAUGAACAAUAGGCAGAAUCCAGUCGCACAAACGGCUUUCCUGGAUGCCCCGUCCCCUGAUGGAGAUGCUUUGAUGCCUGACGCAGACCAGACAGUAACCCGGCCAGUUGUUGAUCUAACCGCGGACUCCCCGGCUCAAUACUCUGUGGAUCUUUCAGUCCACACCCCCCCAACAAAUGAGAUGCAGGAUGUGAACAUGUCUCAGGCGCCUGACCUCGAAAAUCAGGCUACUGUCGGAGAUCCCAUGUCAGGUGAAGAGGCCCAGAAGAUUCUCCCUGAUGAUCCUUUGACAAGCAUUAUGCGCAUUCCCUGGGAGUCUUUGGAGCAGCGCCAAGAUCGACAGAGACUCCUCAUGAAGCUCAUCAGCACUUUACCCGAUGAUAAUCGUACCAGACUUAUCGAGGUGAUUCCGUCUUACGAAACCAGCAAACUGAAGGCCUUGGUGACCAGAGCCCUAGUGAACAUGAUGUCUCAAAACACACAAGACGAGGAGAUUGGAGAACCCAAUUUCCAAGUAAUACUUCGGACAGCGUAUCUGUAUAUUUCAUGGGUUAAUUGCACUCGUCUAUCCGAAAGUGAAAUCCCCAAAAAUUACUUGCGGAAUGCUCUCAAUGACGCUCUCGACAAUCUUGCUCCCGGUGCUCCUACCAAUGCUCCCAGCCAAGACCAGGGAUUUGAGGCCUUUUCCAACGAGCUCUUCAGGAGCCUGGAAAACUACCAAAAGUGGGUUGAUGAGAGGGAAGCUCAGCGCGUCCUGAAGGAAGAAGAUGAUUUCGCCCCCGAGCAUUUGAACACGGAGGGCUUGAAAGGCACUUCGCGUAAAGGGCGGAAGCAAAAGGUCGAACAAAGGAAGGAAGUCAAGAACGAUCAGCUGCUUGCACAACUUCGAAUGGUCGAGCAGAAUCGUAAACGGGAACUGUUGCUCAAAAGAAUGGAGGGCAGUGGGAAUUCUGGUCAUGAUCCUGCUCAACAGGCCGUUACCUUCGGAGAUCCAAUAAUCUAUCUGCAUCCUUCUCUCGGACAAUGGAUCAAACCACAUCAACUUCAGGGCAUCCAAUUCAUGUGGCGAGAGCUGAUACAAGACACGAAACAGCAAGGUUGUCUGCUCGCACACACAAUGGGCCUCGGCAAAACUAUGCAAGUCAUUUCGUUACUCAUUACGAUCGCUCUUGCAGCUUCAUCGGAUUCAGAGGAAAUUCGCGAGCAGGUCCCAGAGAGCCUACGGAAGUCAAAAACACUUAUCUUGUGUCCCCCUUCCCUGAUCGAAAACUGGUACGAGGAAUUUAUCAAGUGGACUCCUCCAGAGCUCCAUGGAAUUCUGGGCCCGAUUCGCAAAAUCAAGACGAUAGACAAGAAGGACACUCGCAUCCAAGAGAUUUUCGACUGGGCCGAUGAGGGGGGCGUCUUGAUCAUGGGCUACGAGAUGUUUCGGACCUGGGCAAACCAUCCGGAUAAAGAUGUGAGCGCCUCUCUGCUUGAUGACCCCAAAAUCAUCGUCGCCGACGAAGCACACAAGAUUAAGAACCCUGCAUCUUCACUCUCUGUGGCUGUGAGUAAGCUUCUUUCCAAAAGCCGCAUCGCUCUGACCGGGUCGCCACUGGCGAACAACCUCAUGGAUUAUUACCGGAUGGUUGACUGGAUUGCGCCGGGGUAUCUGGGAACUGCCCGGGAGUUCCGAGCCGGAUACGUUGAGCCCAUCGAAGAAGGCCUCUAUAUGGACAGCACGGCACAAGAGAAGAGGUUGAGUCUCCGAAAGCUCCAGGUCAUCAAAACCAUUCUUGGCCCGAAAAUCAGUCGUGCAGAUAUCUCUGUUCUCCAAGGCAGCCUUCCACCAAAAGUCGAAUUUGUGAUAACAGUACCCUUGACAGAAAUACAGAAGGAAGCAUAUAACAACUACCUCACUUCUGUGAAUGAGAAUCAAGAUGCAUCUGCUACGACCAUUUGGGCAUGGCUUGCAAACUUAUCCCUAUGCUGCAAUCAUCCAUCCUGUCUGUGGGACAAGUUACUUCGGAUCGCAAGGGAGCAGGGAAACAUCUCGGAGGGUGAAGAUAGCUCGGAUUCUUCCGAAGAACCCAAACAGCGGGAACGUGUUUGGCCAUUAUUGAUGGAAAUGCAACGGAAGAUUUUUGGCGAUCUAUCCGAUACCAAAGCCCCUGAACUGUCGAACAGGGUCGAAAUUCUGAAGCAGAUCAUUGCCGAGACUAUCCGUGUCGGUGACAAGAUGCUGAUCUUUUCACACAGCAUCCCAACCUUGGAUUUUCUCGAAUGUCUCCUCAAAGCUUCAGGCUGGGCAUAUUGUCGUCUGGACGGGAAGACACCGCCCCAUGCCCGACAACUUGCUACCAAGGGGUUCAACGAGGCCCAAUCUGAGCAGCGCAUUUUUCUGAUUUCGACACGGGCAGGAGGUCUCGGACUGAACAUCCCUGGUGCGAAUAGGGUAGUAAUUUUUGACUUUGGUUUCAACCCUACAUGGGAGGAACAGGCUGUAGGACGAGCCUAUCGUCUAGGGCAGAAGCGGCCUGUGUUUGUCUACCGUUUUCUUGCCGGAGGGACGUUUGAAACGAAGGUUCAUAACAAAGCCAUUUUCAAAACUCAACUGGCUUAUCGCGUGGUGGACCAAAAAAAUCCAGAGCGUCAUGCCAUGAAAACCAACCGUGAAUAUCUCGCAUAUGUCACCGAUGUCGAACAGCAUGAUUUGUCAGAAUACAUGGGCAAAGAUCCGGAAGUUCUUGAUAAAAUCCUCAGCGGUCCUCUGAAAGACAAGAUUCGGAAGAUCGAACUUACCGAGACUUUCAAGCAGGAAGACAACGACAUGCUCACCGAGGAGGAGACCCAAGCCGUGCAAAGGGAAGUCGACGAUGAGCUCAAACGGCGCAAUCCUGUUCCUUUUGGGUCUGUUGACAAGCAGAAUUCGACAACUACGGCGACUGUUCCUCCCACAUCUAUGGCUCCCACAUCUAUUCCUCGC